AGUGACCGUUGGGCACUCUUGUGCGGCAACGGCUGGGUGAGGACUCAACGGGGCCCCGUCCUGUCUAGGCUGGCCAUAGUUUGGGGGCCCAGACAGCAACUGGGCGCAGUAGUGGGUGGAGGGAAAAGGCUUAGCGGCCUACAGGCUAAGGAAGCUCUGGGCGGUGAGGCGGGGCGUCUCGGGCCCUCCCCCGUGACCCUGGGUCCUCUGAGAAUCCCGUGACCCUGGGUCCUCUGAGAAUGGCGGGUGAUCCGCCCCUCCGAGGAAAAGAACGAAGGAUGAUGUUGUAUAACCGUAGGUCAUACUCGAAAUCGAGGUUGAAUCCCAGCCUCCUGUAUAGAAGCAUCAUUUUCCCGUUGCUCCGUGCAUUUACAAUUAUCACUUAAUAAAAGAAAGCAUGGUCGCUUUUAGGGAAAUGUCUGAAAAACUACGAAGAUGCAGAAAGGAGCUGACUGCUGCUAUAGACCGAGCCUUUGAAGGAGUCAGGCAUUCUCAGGAGUGCACAGCCCAGCAGAGGCUGGACGCCCCGUCGCUCACCUCCCAGCCGGUACACAGGCUCCUCUGCAGAAACCCACUGGCUGCCUGCCCCUCUGCUGCCCCAUACUCUGGUGCCUCGUGUGCUCCUGAGAGUGAGAACCCGGCCUUCGGGACACACCAUAUUCCGGUUAAUUCAAAACUUCAGCAGCCUCUAUACCCCAAAAGGAAACCUCUGACCAGCAAGGAAAAUGUCUUGAUGCAGUCUUCCAUUUUGGCACGUGACAGACAGUUUUGGAGAGCUGCAGGUGAUGGGGAAGACUGGAGAAAAGAUAGUUUAAGGAAGGAUAUGGAGAGAGAUUUAAAAGCUGACCCAAAUGUACUGCUCAGCAGUUCUAGCCAAGAGGUCACAAAGGAUCUGCUAGACAUGAUUGACCAUACAAGUAUCCGAACUAUUGAAGAAUUGGCUGGAAAACUAGAAUUUGAAAAUGAAUUGAACCGUGUGUGUGGACACUGCCAAGAUUCACCCUUCAAGGAGGAAGCCUGGGCCCUGCUUGUGGAUGAGAGUCCUCAGAAGGCUCUGGAUGCUGACCCUGGUAGCCUCAAGCAGGCUUUGGAUGAUCAGAAUAUAGUUGAGACUGUUCUGGACUUGGAAGAAGACUACAACUUGAUGACUUCUUUUAAAUACCAAAUAGAGUGAGGAGAGUGGAUGUCAGCAGCCACAGUGGUUACCAGAACAAGUCUUCACGAGGGGUUGGCAGAGCCCAAAUUGCCACACCUUGUUUAAUUUCUGCUGAAUCCCAUUUUGAGCUGAGAGCCCAGGUUUUAGUUCUGUUAUUUUGAAAUGUUUGAAAAGUUUUUUUUGGACUUGACAUUUUUUUUAAAGUGUAUUCUUGGUUAGUGUUGAAUAUAUACAGUCCCCAGGAUAGGUUAUAGGUUGUGCCUCUGCUCUUUGUCCUUGUAUUCUUUUAUAUGAAUCCCUGGAAAAAUAAAAAUCCAGGAACCAUAAAAAGGGUGGGUUUAUUACCUGGGGCUAGCCCAUCACAGGUAAGCUCCUCUCAGAAGAGCCAGGCUCAGGCAGAAGUUUGACUUGGGCCCUCUCCUGCCUGUGUACUCUAUUCUCCUCACACAGUGCACACACUGCACACAGGGACCCAGUCCCAUGUUUUCCUCAAGUCCCUAGCCCUACCCUACACAGAGCAAUGCCUCUGUCCAGGUCUGCUGCAAUCAGUUUCUGGUAGGAUCCCAGGCUGCCUUCUUUAGGAUAUCCCAUGAGGCCCCUUACCUAAUCAAUCCUCCACAGCUAUGUGGACCCUGCUGAGGGCAGGCAGGGGAAGGUAAGCAAAGGUUUACCUGUCCACCUUCACACCUGACCACUUCAGCCCACCAUGAGUAGUUUUAUAGCACUUAGCUGAGCCAAGACGGUGUGGAGAACCAGGCCAUUGCCCCAAGGUUAGCA